AAGUUUAUCCGAGUCUCCAAUCUACCUAUGUUACUUGCAUCGUGCAGAGACGCGCGAACGUUGAGCGGCUUUGAUUUCUGAUCGCCAUUAAAUCGUAUCUUUUUCUAUGAAGAAAUAGCGUUUGAAAACUCAAGUUGAACGUAUACAGAACAAACUGGCAAACUGGCAACUGGCAUCAGAGAUGAACUGGAUAACGUGCAACAAAUGCUUCGCCCCGUUGUACAGAGGAAAGCGUCCCUAUGUCAUUACCCAGUGUGGCCAUAUUUCUUGCCAGAAUUGUUUACAGCAAGUCGAGCAGCCGCAAUGUCCACAAUGCCAGGGUGGUACCAUGUCGCUAGCCCUGGAGGAGCCGCUGAAGCCGAGGCUGAUCCCAUACUUCCAGCCACUCGGCAAGAUUCUGGAAAUGCAGUCGAAAGUGAACAUGUUUUGGAGCAACCAGAUGAAAAUAUUGAUGCACCACUUCACUGAACUC